AUGGGUAGCAACGGAGGAAUGGGUGCUAGCCACCGCGGGACGCCGUUGCCGCACAUCGAUGACUUGACUUCGCAGCCAGUCGACAUGGACAUGCAGCUACCUCUGCGCAAGAUUCUCGACAGAACCGAUGGCGCUCUCAAGUCCGCCGAGGCACUUCGCGAUUUCGGUCGCCCUGCUGAAGCCCUCCGCGAGUUCAUCCAGGCCGCCACCAUCACCGUUCGUCUGAUACCAACACAUCCCGAAUACGUAUCGGUUCAGGCUGGUCGCCCGGAGCUCAAGCGCAUGUACAACAACCUUUUAAGCAAGAUCAACGAGCAGCACCCUACAUUCGAGAAGAUCAAGGCUGCCAUUAUCGAGGAUAACAAACGGAGUGGUGUGCGGCCCCUGUCGCGCCCUGCGCAACCCGACAAUCGAAAGGAGUGGGAAGGGCCAGGAUCAGUGCCGACUGAUACGAAUGGAAAGCCGAAACCUGUCAUCCAGCCCAAGCCUCUAUCACUGCAGGGCCGUCCCACAGCAAAGAACGUCAGCGAUCUUCAGGCACGGUUCAAGAACCUAGGAGGCCCUCGUGCUUUCUCUGGACAGGACCCUCGAAUCAAAACCCACCCACACGCUAUCACGACGGAUCAUCCGUCAUUCUUCCAACCCGGCAUAAAUCAUACAGACCUUCCCAAGCCGCCACAAGCUAUCUUCAACCCUGCCACUGGAAAAACUCUUGAGGAUGCCGCUGCUGCCCUGCCUUCAAGCACCAAUUCAUUAUAUACUACUGGACCACCAUCUGUAUCUGCGAAGUCUGGGCACGCAGGAACAAAUGAUUAUUUUGGACCCGUCCGCGCUUCCACAGGAGACUCUUCUGUUGGGAAAAUACCCGCUGGAGGAACCUCUGAAGCGAGGACACCCCAACGGAAAGACACCAUGCCCAAACCAAAAUUCACGAUCCCUGAAACAGAGAAGAUCACCGUCGACGAACUGCUGAACUUGCAAAAGACUGCACGCGUGCUUCUCAUAGACGUUCGGCAACGCGAGGCUUAUGACGAGGGCCACAUACCAUCGCAGCACAUAAUGUGUAUCGAGCCAUCCACCCUCACUCGCGAAGACGUGACGGGUAGUACCAUCGAGGAAGCGUUGGUUUUGGCACCAGAGCAAGAUAAUGCCCUCUUCCGGGCGCGAGACACGUUUGAUCUCGUUGUCUUCUACGACGAAAGCUCAACGAAGCUUCCGAAGUAUGUAGCGAAAAAAGAAGACGGAGUCCUGUUGACGUUGAAGCGUGCGCUGGAUUUGCUUUCUAUCGGUAAAGAGCUACCUCACCCGUCCAAGCUCCUGGAUGGAGGACUGGAUGCAUGGACCGACACGUUCGGCAGGCAAAACAUAGCGACGACGUCGGACACUGGCAGCAUACCGCUCAUUCUUCGGAAGGCGCAGGCAUCCGUCAGGCCGACUACCAGCCGCGUGAAAUAUCCUGGGUCCAAAAAUAUUCCUCAAGGUAAAAUCGAUGAGUGGAAUCUGCGGAUUGGCAACGAGGAUCAAACUAUUCGCAUCAUACGCUCGCCCGGAGAACUCCUGAGGGACUUUUCCAGCACUGGCCAGCAGUCCAUGGUGUCGAGCUCGCCCAAACAACCUCCUCGGCCUCUCACAAGCAAUAGCAUGCCACAAAUGCCCCAGCGAGCCGCCGCAAAGCCAACACUCAGCGGCUUUACCGACACCAGUUCUGCCAGCACGACACAAGCCUUGGUCAGCAAAUCAAAGAGCGCUGGUCAACACAUGACUGGACUCAAUAACCCCCACAACUGGUGUUACGCCAACAGUCUGAUCCAGUCGCUGCGCCUGUCGCCUGGGUUCGGAGGAGAGCUGGCGAACAAGGAUUGGGAUAAAUUGUACGUGUUGCCACGAAAGUCGGACGAGAAGAGUGACCAUCCACGGUUGAUGGCCCGCAUCAUUGCGAACCUGUUCUACUGGAUGGCAGAAGGCAGCUUCCCUGUGAUGAAGGCACAGACAUUGAUGGACUACUCUCUGUCGCUUUGCAACGCCAAUUCCGUUCAGCAAUUUGGCAGCGCUCGCCAGCAAGAUGCCUCCGAGUUUAUGACCUGGCUCAUGGAUGCGCUGCACCAAGAGACGAAUACCAAGCGCGACAAGGAGGGUCAGGAAAAGUACGAAAGCCCCGACAUGCGUAACGACAAGUCCUUAAUACAGGGCGCCUCGGAGUGGUGGAACAAGUAUUCUGUCGCAAAUCAAUCCAUCAUUGAUCGAUACUGGCGGGGCGUCCAGGCUCAAGUGGUGACGUGCACCAAGUGCAACAACAAAACGCUAUCCUGGACUCCAGUUGACACGAUCAUGCUGCACAUUGACAGCCCCAAGCUGCAGACCCUCGAGCAGUGCCUGAGCCUCAAUAGCAACGAGGAGGUCUUGGAUGGGUACCGGUGCGACAACUGCCAGAGCAACUCACGCGCCAUGAAGGCUGUCUACUACCCUCGCCUGCCGGAGCUUCUCUGCAUCUCCCUCAGCCGCUUCAGCGUUGCCGAGGGCAAGGUCUCUCGCAAUAUCACCUGGAACCUCAACAAGCUGAAUAUGGAGCCCUACACCGCUGACCACCGUAUCCCCACCGAUCGGACUGAACAUCCCCCACCCCAGUACGAAUACGAAUGCUACGCCGUCAUCAUCCACGCGGGCCGCGAUAUCUCGUCGGGUCAUUACUUUACGUACGCGCGCGACUUGACUUUGGCUGACUCGAGCAUGUGGUAUAAGCUCAACGACUCGCGGAUCUCAAAGGUCGGCAGGCAACCAGAGAUAUUUGGCAACAGCAAUGACACGCCGUACCUGGCAUUCUUCCGGCGAAAGCAGUCUGGCUCCUCAGGAGGCAAGCUGUAA